CAUUUUUCCUCGUGGAAUUUCGCGCGUCUGCGGUCAAUCUCCUGAAUAAUUCCUUUCAUUUCCCCCUCAUAAUAUACACAAAUUCAAGGCGUUCUCCAGGCGAAUUGAACGUCCUUUUAAUUUAUUUCCUCAAUGAGGAGGCUGGUACUGGAGAUUUGGCGUGCGGGCGUGUAGCGUCACGGGCGGUGUGUCAUUCCACACAGAUCGCAUGUUCAUCACGAAGCCGCUGGAUUCAGAGCUCCGCUAUCUGCAAGACGUGGCAGAUCACAUCCUUCCAAGACCUUUUUAAACGAUGCAAAUGUAACCGCUUUUGUCUGGUGUAACGGAAAGUGUACUGGAAGCAGGAUGUCCUUCUACGCCGUCAUUAUACCGGUCCUCUAUAUUAUUUUCUCGGCUUGGCAGGUGAGUGCAAAUGAGGACUGCUUGUGGUAUGUGGACAAAAAUGGCACCUGGCACAAUGGUUUUGACUGCCCACUCAUAACCUUCUGUUGUGGGAACUGUCACCGCCGUUACUGCUGCCUGGAUGGCUUCAAGAUGAUCACCGAGGCGGGACAGAAGCGCUGCAUGCUGUUCCAUCUCAGCCCUUCCACUAUAGCUGGCAUUGCUUCAUCGAUCCUGCUUUUUGUGGCUGCUAUAGCAACUAUGGUCUGUUGCUUCAUGUGUUCCUGUUGUUACCUGUACCAGCGCCGCCAGCAACGUGGCAGAACUCCUUAUGAAGCCCAGCAUAUUCCAAUGGCCAGCUAUCCUGUGGAGCACAUGUACGAUGCCUCUGGUAAACCUAUCGGACAUCCCGAUUAUCCUGGAUAUCCAAUGGUGCCGCAGUAUCCAGGUGUCCCCCACCAAUAUCCUAUGAUGCCCCAGGGUCCUUAUCCUCCAAACCCUCCUGACGCAGGAUACAGUCAAGCAGCUCCUCCGCCGUAUUCCCCUCCCCAGUACCCAGGGCAUUGAAAGAGCUGAAGUCCCUCAUCAGCGAGGAGAAGUUAACCCAUACAAUGGGUGUUGAAGAGGGCCCAUGCUUGUGUGGAAUCCCUUGUAUGAGAAGCCGUUUUAAAAAAAAUGAUUUAUGUUAUUUAUUUCUUGAUUAAUUUGUGGAGUGAAGCAUGAACUGACCUCAGAAUCGCCUCACGCGUCGGAGUGUUUUCUUGUUUGAUGUACAGCUUUCAUGUGUCACUAAUCAGCGAGACUCCUCCCACUUUAAUCCAGCAACUCACAGACUCAAAAGACUGCUUUAAAUGUGCCAUUAUGUUAUGUCAGACUCUCCGAAAUGGACUGUCCUGCCGUAGAGACUGGCUGCCAGUUCUGAGUCAUCCAGGAUGUCGUUAUCUGUUCAACCAAAUAAGAAAAAGCUUGUGUCAUUUGCACUUUAUUCUGCAAUAGACAUGCUUAGCUGUCUCUCCCGGCUUGUUUGUUCAAAAAGUAUUUAUUUGACUGCUAAUUCGAGCAUGUCAUGUGCAUCAUUAACAUCAAAUCAUGCUGUACGCUUUUCACGUCUUCUAGACAGCUAACAUGCGGACAUGAGACGUAGGUGUCUUAUAGACAAUUAACAUGCAGUAUGUAAAUAAGAGAGAACUUACAUUAGGAAAGAACUUCAUGUUUCAUAGCAUCCAACCAAAUCUCAUUCUGUGCAUUUGCAGAUCGUCAUCUGUGUGGAUCUGACUUGAAGUUGAGCUGUAAUGUUAACGCCCUUUAGAUUUGCAUGUCUUUAAUUGUAUCUCAUGCUACCUAGGCCAGUUGUCAAAGGAAUCACAGAAAUGUUUGCAUUCGGUUAGCUGUCCGUCUGUGCGUUUUUUAUUUGUUUCAAAAAGCUUUUUGAUCUGUAAAACAUUUCACAGUCAUUUAUGUUGUUUUGUUACAUCUUCACAGUGAGAUACGUUUAAACAAAUUCCCUUCAGAAUUGAAAAAUAUAAGCUCCAAAUUGUGAGAUAAAAAGUUGCAAUAGUGCGGUCAUAUUUACCAUUGUUCAGCAAAUUUUCGAAUUUUGCAUGCCGAUUUCACAUUGGGUCCAGCUGGUCGUGCAAAUUCGCACUGUUGACCAAUGGAAAGCUUUGAAUGUGACUUGCGUCACUACACUAUUGACAACAGACAACAGAGCUUUUUGUCUGCAAUAUUUUGUCUAAAUUGUGACCGCACAUUAAGGUGGGACUUCCACUGCCGCCGUAUUGAGAAUUUUUCUCAUUCGUGUAAGUACAAGUAAACCGUCCUUAAUUAAUAAGUUCAUCAUAAACUACACUUUCAAAUGAUAAAUUAGAUUAUAAAUUAAAAGAAUGAGACAUUCUCAUUAAAAUGAGCAUUGGCUUAAAAUAAUUCAUUAGGUACAUUAGGUGUGAUUUUUUUUUUUUUUUUUAAUUUUUGAUGAUUUCUGCUACCUCCUCAUCUCACAUUUGUAAGAUUAGUUGUGAUGCUUUGUCCACUGUUUAAAUAACUUGUUAGUUAUUUAAAUUAAUGUAUAGUUAACAGUGUUGGUUUUUGCUAUAUACAGCAUAUGCUACUGUAUUUGUCACUUUGGAAUGUGAAGUACAAAUAAGAAAAGGAUCUAUAAAGAGGAAUUUUUACAAUGUGAAGUAUUAACAGGUAUUUUCAACUUGGGGAAGAAAGGCAAUUAAUACGCUACUAGUGUUUGAACUUGCACUAAUCAUCGCAUAAGAGAGGUCUAAUUGAACAGACUGGACAAGGAGUAUUGCAUAAUUCUCUUUUUACAAUAAAAACAGAAUUGACUUUG